UUAAUUAAGUGGAAACGUAUCUUAAUUAGGGGAAGGAAGACACCGUGUCUUGAGACACGUGUUGAGUUGUGGGUGUUCAGAAGCAAACCGUGUCUCUCUCCCUUCUUCGAUUUCGUCGACGACUCCGACGUUCUCAUCUCUCAACCAUGGCUUCUCCUUCUGUUUUAGAGCAUCGUCCAGCUUCACUCGAUGCUACAGCAGAUCCACCCGCUCUGUUCGACGGAACCACAAGAUUGUACACAAGCUACGGUUGCCCAUAUGCUCAACGUGUUUGGAUCACCAGAAACUUCAAGGGUCUGCAAGUAAAGAUUAAGCUUGUUCCUUUGAACCUUGGGAAUAUGCCUGCUUGGUACAAGGACAAAGUCUAUCCUGAAAACAAGGUGCCAGCACUUGAGCACAAUGGAAAUAUCAUAGGGGAGAGUCUUGAUUUGAUCAAGUAUCUCGACAACACUUUUAAAUCAUCUUCCUCACCAAUCAAAUGGCGUCUUUGUCUGGUUCCUAAAUUAAUGAGAUGGUCGUAGAGAACACUGAUGAGAUAAGAUGGACGUAGGAAGACGACAUUUGAUUGGGUCCUCUGUCGUAACAGCGACCGUAUCCAUCACCUGGAGCUGUUCUGAGGAGAAACGCAGAGACGGCAUCCUCGCAGAAGAAGAAACCAAACUCUCAUUUCACGGAAAUCACAAAGAGAGGCGAUGGAAAAGAUGGUCUUGGUGAUGCAGAUUGAGAAAGAGAGAGAGAGACUUAUUCUUGCCCUAUAUGUUUGAUUUUCUCCAUAUACAUGUAUGACCUUGAGAGUAGUUUGUUUACUGGUCUGGUCUAGUGAAAACAAGUAACCAUACUUUAAAUGUGAAUUAGCAUGUAAAUGUUCUAAGUGUUGAAAAUGAUGGUUGAACAAAAGGUAAUAUCUGUUUAUUUGCAUGUAAA